GUCCUGGUUCUCCACACGCCCCUGGCUAACGGCUGCGAUGGGGAGCCCGUGAUGGGAGACCUCCCUGCUUCUCCAUCCCCCAGUGCGCCCCUACCAACGCGCCAGGGCUCUGGGCAUGAGAUGGGGCUGCUAUUCCUGUUGCCCUGACCCUUCCUGAGCCGUAGGGUCCUGGGGCACCCGGGGGCGGGGCACGGGGAAGCCCGGCGGUCUCGCCAGUGAGUCGGGCGCGGGCGCUGCGGGCACCUGUUGCGGCGCGCAGGGCGCUGAAUGAGGCUCACCUGCGCGAGGCCCGGCCCAGCGCGGGCGGCGGGCGCACAGCUGAGCCGAGGUUCAGACGCCCGGCCCGCGCCUCGGGCUUCCGCCGGGUCAGCUGACCACCCAGUGCGGAACUAAUAGCCGGCCCGAGCUGCCCGCCGCCGCCGCCGCCGCCGCGUUUCUCCUCCGCGCUCCGCACUCGGUAUAGCGCGCCCGCCCCGUCGCCAUGGCUGGGCUUGUGGUCAGUGGAGCUCAAGUGUCCUACAUAGGCCAGGACUGCAGAGAGAUUCCAGAGCACCUCGGCAGGGACUGUGGACAUUUUGCAAAGAGGCUUGAUCUGAGCUUUAACCUUCUGAGGUCACUGGAAGGACUGAGCGAGUUCGGGAGCCUGGAGGAACUCAUCUUGGACAACAAUCUGCUCGGGGAUGACCUCGUGUUGCCAGGGUUACCCAGGCUCCACACCUUAACCCUCAACAAGAACCAAAUCACUGACUUGGAGUGCCUGCUUGAUCACCUGGCAGAAGUGACACCAGCUCUGGAGUACCUCAGCCUGCUGGGAAAUGUGGCAUGUCCCAAUGAGCUAGUCAGCCUGGAAAAGGAUGAGGAAGACUACAAGAGAUACAGAUGCUUUGUUCUGCACAAGCUGCCCAAUUUGAAGUUUCUGGAUGCUCGUAAAGUAACCAAACAAGAACGAGAGGAAGCUUUGGUCAGAGGGGCGUUCAUGAAGGUGGUGAAGCCCAAGGCCUCUGGUGACAGCGUUGCCGCCUCUCCGAAGAGCCGCUACACACCCCUGCCUUCUGCUUCCAGGGAACUCACCAGUCACCGAGGUGUCCUGGGGAAGUGUCGCUAUGUUUACUAUGGGAAGAACUCAGAGGGCAACAGGUUUAUCCGCGAUGACCAGCUCUGAAGGCAAGUUCUGUAUGCCUUAGCCAGUGACAUGAGAGUAAAAGAAAAAAGGGAAAGCAAAAAUAAAGAAAAAGCUAAA